AUGGCCCGCCAAGAUCUUAUUGUUGUUGCACUUGUUUUCAUUGCCGUGGUUGGCGCAUUUGCCACCGAUAAAUCACCUUCACCAACCCCUUCCAAUUCUUCUUCCCCUGCAAAGUCGCCAUCUUAUUCUUCCUCGACUUCCUCCACCAAGUCCUCUUCCGACGGAAGAGCACCCAAAUCAGCUCCUGUUGGAGCCCCAAAGAGUUUUUCAAGCUCUUCCUCUCCUGGCCAUAGCAAGAGCGGUAGCCCUGAGAGUAAGGAAGGAUUCUCUUUUGACACUGAGUCAGUUGAGGAUGUCUCAUCCCCGCCUUCACCAAAUGUCGCUGACAAAGUUUUGACUCUUCUCCAUGCCCUAAAAAGCAAGGGCGAUGCAGUUUAUAGUGAAAGCCCGACUUCCAAUAAUAACAGUCCUGCACCGGCACCAUUUAAUUCUGAUGCAACUAAAGCCAUCAUUGGCAUUGUCAAUAUUGUAGUUUUUACUGGAUUCUUCCUCUUUUAA